UAGUGUGUUUCGUUUGUUGCAGGAUUUGAUUUGAAUCCAAAUAAAUAAAUAAAUAAGUAAAUAGUCAGCAGUGCUUCAGCAGGUGGCAAGUGGUCUACUGAACUUGAAAUUGAAGGCAGAUAAUUUGGGAAAAUGGAAAACACAAUGAGGCAGUGUGAAUCAUCUUAGCCUCCUCGCUGAACCUUUAUAUGUUCAAAAUCUGCUAUGAGUUUCUACCGAGCCCCUUUAUUCCCAGCAGUGGCUACAGUGGUGAAUUACAGUGCACCAGCUGUCCCACUAAGCCAGCCAGUAGUUACGACAAUGCCUAUUCCAGCUGUCAUGGACAGGAAGCCUAUUGAAGCUGCAGCUCCUAGUUUCCCUGCCACUGAUCCUGUCACUAAAGCUGUUAUGGAUAAUAUUAUGGGCAAAUUGCCAACAAAAAAACAAGCUGGUCUGAAAUGUGAGAUCUGUGGCUUAGAGUUUUCUGGAAUGGUAGUCCUUGAGACGCACCUUGCGGGAGCCAAGCAUGCAAAAAAGGUAAAAUCACAAGAAAUUUUGAAGCAGUUGCAAAGCAGUGGGCAGACAUUCACUCGUGAUGAAAAGACCAGGAUUUUGAGGUGCGAAGUCUGUGAUGUCGUUGUGAAUUCCUCACAGCAGCUGCAGACACAUUUGGCUGGCAAUAAACAUAAACAGAAGGUUCUUAAAAAAGGGAUAACAAGUGCUGGAAAUUCAUCCAUAUUAAGUAACACUAGUAUAUCUUCAGCAGCUAAUAAUGGAGGUGGUGUUAGUUCUGAAGAAAACAAAGGUGCAGUACGAAAUGUGGAGUUCAAGAUUCCUCCCGGCGUGCAUAAACUUCCAGAUGGAACACGGUCGAAGGUGAACAAAUAUUACUGUGAUACUUGUAGUGUCUCCUUGAAUUCCGAGAUACAGCUGGAGCAGCACCUAAGCUCUAGGAAGCACAAGGAUAGACUAGUGAAUGGCAAAGGUAAGCCAAGAUCAGCUCCAUACUGGAAACGAGGACGGCCGAAUUUCAAUCCAUCAGGGAAACCAAAAGUUAACAGAAUGCAAUUACCCAUGCAGUAUUCACAGCCACUUAAUAGUAACAUUGUGAGUGGAACAUCCACAAUGAUCUGAAGAGCCACAGGGCUGUUUUAACAUGUUUUAUCCUCAUCUUGUUCAAAAAAUGUCAGUAUAGUGUCUUUAAGAAAGAUGUGUGACUGGUAUCAUUUGGAUUGUACAGGUAAUCAUUUUCAUAUUUGAAGAGUAAUUAUUCCGCAGACGUAUAUUUUAAGGUAAUAGUUUUUAUUUUUCAUAAUGAUAUGUAAAUUGUAUUUAAUCUGAAUUGACUGAUUUUUAACUUUUGUUUCUGUGAAAAAAUAUAUUCAGAGUGUUUGGAAUUUUAAUGGUGAAAUAAGCAAGCAGCUUUUUGUAUGAAUCUCACGAGAGUAGUAUAAGCAUAAAUCAGUUUUCUGUUCUGAGUUUUCCUUUGAUGUAUCUUUAUUUUUUCCCUUAGUUAUUUCUACACUGUCUGUUUCGAUUAUUUGUUUCCCAGGUCUUCUAUUUGCAGUCGUACUUCUGCUCAACAUAAAAUGUAUAAUGACCCUCAAACAGCACUAACUAUCUCUUCAUGUAAAGCUUACAUUUUUCCGUAUUGAUUCAAGUUUUUAGUGUGCAAGUAGGAGUCAUCCGUUCUGGAACAAGAAUGUUUUUAUUGUGCUGACAAGUAUGACAACAUUUUUCACUGAAAAUAACACAUUUUAUGCCACUGUUAAUUUCUGUAAGUAUAUGUAAGUUGCUCAUCAUUUUUUAGAAGAACCAAUAAUUCAUUCUGAAUGUUUUUAUUGCUAGAAGCAAUGAAUGUGUUUCAUCCCUGAGGUAUACUCCUAUACUAAGAAAUAAUUGUUUAUAUUUUGAAUAGUUAGAAUUUUUGUUACUCAUGUUCAAGACAAGCUGUAUGUGCGUUUGUUCCUUUAGACUUAGAUAUUCAUGUUCAUGAACACAAAUAAGCUGUCAUUUGCCCAUGUACAUUUGUCUGUCUCUGUGUUAAUGCUGUUGUUAUUGUUAUCAUCACUCCCUUGUAUGCUUGCAAGAGAUGCUUUUUUCUAACUUGUGAAGUGUCUGUGUUGUCACACAAACUUUUUGAAAGUGAUUUCAUUACUUGUAUAAUUAUUAUAAAAACAUCGCUUCCCUUUGUUAUUCAUUUUGUUGUUUCCCCUUGUUUGUCAUGUAAAUGCUUCA